GUACUAUGUUUACAUGCAGUACUUAUUAGCGGCAGUCUCCCCCUACAGUCACUGCCUUACGGUCUGGCUGAAUGAAUGUUGAAGAAAGCCGCCGCCGCUGCUCGGAGGAGGCAUUACCGACAUUUCGUCUUUGACAGCCGGCCGGACACCUCUCCUUCGGCGCACAGUUCAGCUCAGCCCCGGACCCCGGUCCCGUGUCGUUGUCUGCGGACCCAACAGAGCGAGAUCUAAGGGGAAGCAGAGCAGACCCUGCCCUCCUUGACUGGAGAGGGAAACAUUACUGCUGCUCCAGCCACAGAAACCGUGUUUUCCUCCAUCAUGCAGGCCUUCGCUCUUCUCCCCAUAGCCCCAAUCUUCCUCCUGUCUCUCCUCAUCCCUGCCUGCUCAGCCCAAAGCGAGGCAGACGUCAUCGUUAAGACACGUAGCGGUCUAGUCCGUGGAACCCGCAUGCAAGUGCCGGACCGAAGCUUUGUGACUGCUUUCCUGGGCAUCCCCUUUGCAGAGCCACCAAUAGGAAAGCGCCGUUUCCGUCGUGCUGAACCAAAACGUCAAUGGCAAGGGAUACACGAGGCCAAUGCCUACCCCAAUGCGUGCUACCAGAUGGUGGAUACAUCAUUCCCUGGCUUCCAGGGCACUGAAAUGUGGAACCCCAACAGGGAGAUGAAUGAGGACUGUCUGUAUCUCAAUGUUUGGGUGCCUACCUCACCCAGACCACACAAUCUUACUGUUAUGGUGUGGAUCUACGGAGGAGGCUUCUACAGUGGGUCUUCUUCACUGGACGUGUAUGAUGGUCGUUACCUAGCUCACAGUGAGACAGUCAUUGUGGUUUCCAUGAACUACCGAAUUGGAGCCUUUGGCUUCCUAGCCCUGCAUGGUUCAUCUGAGGCUCCUGGCAAUGUGGGUCUGCUGGACCAAAGACUGGCACUGCAGUGGGUACAAGAAAACAUCCAUUCUUUUGGUGGAAACCCGAAACAGGUUACUAUAUUUGGAGAAAGUGCUGGUGGUGCUUCAGUAGGAUUCCACCUCCUGUCUCCAGACAGCCGGUCUACCUUCACUCGCGCCAUCCUUCAGAGCGGGGUCCCCAAUGCACCCUGGGCCUCAGUCACCCCUGCUGAGGCCCGCAGACGGGCCACUCUGUUGGCAAAAUUGGUUGGCUGUAAUGGAGGCAAUGACACUGAGUUGGUGGACUGCCUUCGGGAUAAAACUCCACAGGAGCUCAUCGACCAGGAGUGGCAGGUUCUGCCAUGGUCAGCCCUCUUCCGGUUUCCAUUUGUGCCUGUUGUGGAUGGUGAAGUUCUGCCUGACACUCCAGAGGCCAUGCUCAGCUCAGGCAACUUUAAAGACACUCAAAUCCUCCUUGGGGUCAACCAGGAUGAGGGAUCCUACUUCCUGCUGUACGGAGCACCGGGCUUCAGCAAGGACAAUGAGAGCCUCAUCUCCAGAGAUGACUUCAUGGAAGGUGUCAAACUCAGCGUACCACAUGCUAAUGAUAUUGGCCUGGAGGCAGUAGUGCUACAGUAUACUGACUGGAUGGAUGAGAAUAAUGGGUUCAAGAAUCGCGAUGCCAUGGAUGAUAUCGUGGGCGACCACAACGUCAUCUGCCCACUGGCCCACUUUGCUCGCUCCUAUGCCCAGCACACUGCCCUUAAGGCUAACAUGGGAGCAGCUGGAUCCGGGGUAGUGAACAGUGGAGCAAACCUACAAGGAGGGGUGUACCUCUAUCUUUUCGACCACAGAGCAUCCAACCUUGCCUGGCCCGAGUGGAUGGGUGUAAUCCAUGGCUAUGAGAUUGAAUUUGUCUUUGGUCUACCACUAGAGAAGAGGCUUAACUAUACCCUAGAUGAGGAGAAACUGAGCCGACGAAUGAUGAGAUACUGGGCCAACUUUGCACGAACUGGAAAUCCAAAUGUGAACCACGAUGGGCUGUUAGACACCAGGAAGCGCUGGCCUCUGUUCACUGUCAGCGAGCAGAAACAUGUGGGACUCAACACUGAGCCAUUGAAGAUCCACAAAGGUAUGAGGAACCAGAUGUGUGCUUUCUGGAACCGCUUUCUGCCUCGCCUCCUGAACAUCACCGACAACAUUGAUGAGGCAGAGCGUCAGUGGAAAGUGGAAUUUCACCGCUGGUCCUCCUAUAUGAUGCACUGGAAGAGCCAGUUUGACCACUACAGCAAGCAGGAGCGCUGCACUGACCUCUGAGAGAGAGAGAGAGAGAGAGAGAGAGAGAGAGAGAGAGAGAGAGAGAGAGAGAGAGAGAGAGAGAGAGAGAGAGAGAGAGAGAGAGAGAGAGAGAGAGAGAGAACCAGGUCAUGGCCAAUUUCUCCAAUAGCCCCUCAGUGAAAUCUAAUUUCAUUCUUUUUAAUUUUUUAUUUGAUUGUAUUCUGUUGCGUUGGAGACCUUAUAUAUUAUUUAUACUAUUUAUAUAUGUGUUAGGGUGAGUUUUUUGCGUUCUAAUUGAAAUUAUGAUUAUGAGGGCACUUGUCAUCUGCAUGGGGGUACAAAUGUAAAUGUCAAAGAUAUGUCAUUACCUCGUGUGUGUGUGUGUGUGUAUGUGUGGUUGUUGAAGCUGUCCACAAUGAAUGAAAGUCAAUGCACUGUCCUAACAAUGGUAGCUUUGCAAAUAGCUGUGCGUAUGUGUCUGUGUGUGCGUGCAUGUGUGCUGCUUGGAAGCCUCCCAGUUUCUAUUCAGUUAUCAACAUCUCAAAAGGCCCAUGACAUUACCUAACUGCUGGUUAAAUUUCACUCGUCUUCAUGGUAAUAUCAUGACCUGUUCGAUUUAGUCCUGUUCUUGUUCUUGUAUGGCAAUCUAUACCUGGGUGGCAUCUGGGUCUUUUGAGGUAGUACGAAUAUCCUUUAUAGUAACCUCAAACUCACUAAACUCUGCAUAGUAUUGGAGAACCACUCUAAAAUACAUUGAUGUGACAUGUAAGUUUAUAACUUAGAUCUGUCCACUUCUGCUGUAGAUUCAGUCCAAAUGAUAGCUACCUAAUCCACAUUACAUAAGAAAAAGGAACCGUAAAUUUAAUGGAAGAUGUAUUGCACUCCUUCGCCUUGUUUCUAUCAGUAGUGCCAUAUCUACCGCCUAAGUCACUGUCUUAUCAGCAUAUCAGCAAAGAUUGACAGAAAUAGGACAAAAGGGGGUAAGUAGAGGAACUGAAAAUGUCUAAUAUAUAAAUCUAAAUAUAUCUAUAUGCUACACCAAUCCAAAGGGGGGAGUGAGUGCAUGAGUUCAAAAGGUUUUAAAAUUCAGAGAAUGCAUUAAGAGCGGAGAGUCAAGUAAAAUCAGCUUUUUCUCUAAAUUCGCUUUGCUCAAAAGUAAGGCAGUAAACUCACCCACUGAUGUAAUUGAUACAAAAACAAAGCUUCUUAUACAGGGCGAGAUAUUUUUGAAUGAUGAUUCCCAAUUAAUCAGGUCAUCAUUUUGUCUACAACAUCAGAAAACAUUGGAACAUUUCCAUCAUAUGUGAGUCACAUGGUUUUGCUUUAAAGAUAUUAUAUGGAGGUUUUAAACAACCUUUUCUUCCGUGCCAUUUGUUGCCAGCAUUAAGAAUGUCCUGUCAAAAGAAUACAUUGCAUCUCUCAAUUAAUUCCAAUAUACUUAUAUACUGUAUGUCCAUCUGUGAUAAUAUUUCCUUGUAUUACAAUAUCAAAAAUGUAAACUAUUCCAGGUUUACUUUAUAUUGGUGUUAUAUUUGUGAUAUUUUAACAAAUCAACCGUUUUAACCUCAAUAUAGUUCAAUCGACAAUGAAUUCAUUAUUUCCCAAAAUCACACAAAUUGUUUUAGUAUUUAGUUUGGAGUAAACAGCAGUCAGCAUUUAGACAUCUAUGUUUGUCUAUACAAAUAAAAUCUAAUUUAGGUAGAGCUGAAAAAAUGAUCUAUGAACAGUCAAAACUUUGGGGGUUUUUAAAUCUAAUUCCAUGACCUCAUUCUUAGAAAUGUCUUCUUCCAUAUUCUGUUAAUCCCCCCUUAAAUCUCACAAAGGGGAAUUAACCUUUCUAUUCCUUUCCUCUCUUCCCUUUUAUUUUUACACCCACUACCACCACACUCCUCUUCUCUUCCUGCAGUUGUUGCUCUCGCUCUAUCACCACCCUGUUGUUAGACCCCUUGCCCUGGUUUCUGCCUCUCCUUCCUCCACCUCUUUAAUGUCCCUCUUCACUUUGGCUGUCCUUUUCAUCUUCAUCACUAAUAAACCUCCACCCACCCUCCUCCUGUCUUUCCAUUCUUUCAUCCCAUCUCCCCCACUAGAGUCAUGUGUCCUUCUCUUCUUUAAAUAUAUAUAAUAUAUUUCUUAUUCCAGUAUCAAACGUUUCUUCAUCCCUCUCAUUUCUUUACUCCUCUAUCUCUCCGUUGCAUCACUCCCCCCUCCCCCCUAUGCAAUGUCCCUGUCCCUUCUCCCAUCUUACUCCAUACUCCUGCUUUCUCGUUCAUCUAAUGGAGACGCAGUAAUUCACUCAGCAGCACGAUAAUGUGACAGAGUGCUGGCUCAGCCUCUGGCCUGCCAGUUAACAGGACACAAUGGAUGGAUGGAAAAUAGAAGGGAAAGGGUAUAGAGACAAAGCAAGGAGAAAGAAAGAGAAAAGGAGGGGAGAGAGGGAGUGGUUGUGAUGGGAUUGAAAGAUGAAAGGACAGUCAGAGAAAUACAUUGCAUAACUUUUCCAUAUAAAACUGUAUGUAAGUCGCAGCUCCGGUAUAUGUAGAAAGAGUUAUACUUGAACAAAAAUUGUAUUUUACUAUACCCUACUUCAUUUUGGGUUUGAUAGGAUUUUUAUAUGUUUUACCUCACAGAAUGGUCUAAAGGUUUUUUACUUUACAAUUCAAGACCCAAAUUUAUCUCUAUUGCAUUGGUUCGACAGUGUCAGCUUUAAUUUAACAAUCAUAUACAGUUGUAUAGAGAAAGCUGUGCAAAAAUGCUGAAGAACAUGCCAAAUGCUGUACAAAACAUAAACCUGACAUUCAGAAAUUCUUUGUUUCUGUGCCCCCAGAGGGCAGUAAAUUACUAUGCUUGAUUACUAAAGAGCAUUAAAGUCCUGAAACUGGUUCAAAAAACAUAUUUUGCACGCGAUAAUAACAGUGCAAUUGAUCCAUGUGCGGUUAUAUAAUUUAAUAUAACCAAAUUUACUUUAAUUGUUCACAUUAAAUCCAUUUGUUGUACACAUAAGUUAUAGCCUUGUAAGAACACAAUCCACGUCAUACAUUUCUGUGGUGGUAAUUAUUAAAUGGUUAUGUAGCGCUUUUCUAGUCUUGGUGAUCACUCCAAGUGAUUUCCGGUACAUUGUUUUUUGCCAAUCACACAUGCAUUCAUACAGCGCAUCAAUGUGCAGCUCUAUCUCUAUCACACGUCUCUCGCUCACCGGGGGUUCGGUAUCUUGCCCGAGGACACUUCGAUGUGCAAAGUCUGGGAGACUGGGAACGAAUCGUCAACAUUCUGGUUAUAGGAUCAGCUCUACCUUCUGAGAUGAAUGCAAAUAGCAUCUCGGAGGACUGCGGUAGAAAAUUAGCAUUAGCAUUUGCUGAAUGUGAAAUACAUAUGUAGUCGUGUUUAAAUCAUCUAAUCUAUGUCUACCACUCUUAAUAUAACUGUGUGUAUGUGUGCGCGUGUGUGUUAUAUGACGACUGUACCUGUCUGUCAAGCUAUUUUCCUUUGAACACUGGAGGGUACUGAAUCAGUGCUGAUUGGCUGGUGGCGGCUCAGCAAAUUGUACUUGUUGGCAUGUAAAGCUCCUAUUUAUGGAUUGGAGUAUUGUAGUCUAGCUUUAAUAAGAACAAAAUAUGAAUAAUGGAUUGUACCUGAUGUCUAAAAUAUCCGUGAAGAAUGCAUGUGUGACAGGCCUUAUGAGGCGUGAGUGACAGCUCCUCCUGCAUCUCUCAUCUUUUGGAAGACCCUGCUUAAGCCCCACCGACCCUCUUAUGGAAUCCUUGUGCAUGUCCUGAAGGUGACUCUGUCCCUAGUAUAUCCUGCCAAACGUGGACUGUUAUUUUCUGUGAAAUUUGUACUUUUGAACAAAGCUAUUAUCAAAGUAAUAUAUCUUUAAUGUUAGGUAUGUGCAAUGUUAGCAAUAACGUAAAUACAUCAGUAAAGGAAUAUAUUUGAUAUUUAAAUGCAGUGAACAUAGAAUGUUAUAACAACAAUGACAGAGGGAGUUUUAAAAGCAAUAUUAUUAAGAGUGUAAAUUCAAAAUGAGUGCCAUAAACCAUUGUUUUCUGAUAUGUUUCAGUUUAUCUGACUUUGUUUCAGUCCUCUGCCUCAUUGUUGUUUGUUCCAGUACUAAGUGUUGAAGCUUCCCAGUAUGUCUCUGUAUCAUGAACGCUGACUUGGUUAAGCUAUAGCAACAGAAAUAAAGACAACAUGCUGCUUC